AUGAAGUUUCUCUCGGCAAUUUUUCUCUAUGCUGCUGCUGGGCUAGCCAGCACCGCCAGCUCAUCGGGUUGCGGAAAACCCUUACCCGCAAACCAGAGCCCUGGCGGAUCCAGCUACGGGGUCAAUUUUACCACAUCAGACGGCACUCGGCGAUUUUAUCGAAUCCACAUUCCUUCUAGCUACGAUGUGAACAAACCUAUUCCGCUCAUAUUCUCAUUUCACGGGCGAGGCAAAACAGCGGAAAGCCAGGAGAAGCUGUCGCAAUUCAGCAAUGAAGAUUGGAAUCCAGAUGCCAUUGCUGUGUAUCCGCAGGGGCUGAACAAAGAAUGGCAGGGAGACCCACACUCCAAAGACGUCGACGACGUAGCAUUCACCAUGGAAAUGCUUGACGACUUGCAGGAAAAGUACUGCGUCGAUUCUGCUCGUGUAUACGCAGCAGGCAAAUCCAACGGCGGCGGAUUUACAAACCUGCUAGCCUGUGAUCCAACAGCAUCUACCCGGAUUGCUGCCUUUGCUCCAGUCGCGGGCGCUUAUUAUCAGGAUGUCUCUGAAGAAGAGUGCCGUCCUGCUACGGUACCGAUCAAGUGUUCUCCCGGUCGCCCCUCGAUCCCCAUAAUUGAAUUUCAUGGUACGGCGGAUAAGACAAUUCCUUACGGUGGCGGUGGCCGGCGCGGCAAAUGUCUCCCUUCUAUCCCGCACUUCGUGCGUGAAUGGUCGAAGCGACUGGGGUACGGGCUCCACAAUAAGACUAAGGAGUUGUACGGUGGAAAUGUACAGGAGUAUCAGUAUGGGAGUGGUGGUGGCCUUGGGAUUGUUACCCAUUACCGGAUUCAAGGGUUGGGACAUGACUGGCCAAGUGUGCAGCCGAAUAGUGACAAUCCCAAUGGGACGUAUCUGGAUGCAACGCCGAUUAUUGUCAAGUUCUUCAAGCGGUGGACGUUGCCUGGGACCUCCGAGGAGACUUAA